GCUGAAAACCCCACAAGAACCCUGUCAAACAUGCUCUCGUAAGCAAAGUUGAGGGGACACAGUUGUCAGCUUAAGACGCAUGAAGUUUCCUUCCUCUGCGUUUGCCCAGAAACAUUCUUUUAUAUAUUCUUCAAUUUCAUUUCGCGAUUAACCUAAACCUUAAUUUAACUUCUAUUUUUUUCCUAAAGUCAGACUCUAAUCGUUUGUAGCAACCGCGAAAUCGCCUCGACACGCUUUGAAAAGUUUAGGUGAAAUUUUCGAAUCUCGUUUUUGUUUUGGUGUCAUUCUGUUGCUUUUGGAGUUUUAUCUUGUAGUCGGAGUCUCGGGAAGCUAUACUAUAUAGCCAUCGCCCUCUAGAGGGACACUUGAUGGAUAACAACAACUGGAGACUUUCCAUUCCAAAUGGAGAAUCUGCAGCCAUUAACAAUGGUGAGUGGAGAAAACAGUUGCCACCUGAUUCACGCCAGAAGAUCGUUAACAAGAUAAUGGAAAUACUAAGCAGGCACCUUCCUCAAUCUGGACCAGAAGGAAUUAAUGAGCUCAUGAGAAUUGCUGCCAGGUUCGAGGAGAAAAUUUUCAGCGGUGCUGUUAACCAGACUGAUUACCUUCGGAAGAUAUCCAUGAAGAUGCUGGCUAUGGAGACUAAAUCUCAAAAUGCAGCUGGCCCUUCAGCAACUACCCCUGCUGCUAAUAAUACCACAUCAAUGGAUUCAAUACCCGCCAAUCGAGGGCAACUUCUUCCAGGAACGUUACCGAACAAUCAAUCUCAAGCACCUCAGCCGUUGAUGUCCCAAACCAUUCAGAGUAAUACAGCCUUUGGAAUGGCGGGCUCUACUGGUUUACCAUCUUCCAUACCGCCUGUUUCUUCCAUAGGCAAUGAUAAUGUUACAAGCGUUGUAAAUCAGAAUUCCAAUAUGCAAAAUGUAGCUGGAGUGUUGCAAGAUUCAUCUGGGCAGCAUGGCCUUUCAUCCAACAUGCUUUCAGGAUCCCAUAGGCAGAUGUUGCGCAGGCCGCAUACUAUGUCUUCUCAGCAGCAGCAACUUCUCAGGCAGAAUUUUCGGUCAGGGAACUUUUCCAAUCCCAAUUCGCUUUUGCCGUCGCAGAUACAGCCUGGUAGUACGACAUCUGCGACGCAGCCCUCAGCUGUGAGCUCAGCUCCCCUCCAAGGUCUCCACACAAAUCAACAAUCAAGUCCUCAAGUGUCUGCUCAAUCAUCGCUGCUAAGGCAGCAUCCGCAAUCACAACAAGCCUCUGUGAUCCAUCAGCAACAAACUUCAUUGCCGCAGCAGUCUAUUUCUCCCCAGCGGCAACAAGCUUCAAAUAGCUCUGUCAUCCAACAGAGGCAGAUGAUGGGGCAGCAUGUUGUUGGGGCUAUGCAGCAGCAACAUCAGCAAAGGUUACUGAACCAACAAAAUAAUACUAUGAACAUGCAACAGCAGCAGAAUCAACACCCACCGGCCCAGCAGCAAUUCAUAUCUCAACAAAACAGCCUUCAUCAGCAGCAACCACUGGGCAUUCAAAGCAAUGUUGCAGGACUGCAGCAACCACAACAACAGUUGCUCAGUUCCCAGACUAACCAGCAGUCGGUGCACAUGUUAUCACAGCCAACCGCUGCGCUGCAACGAACACACCAGGCUGGCCAUGGCUUAUUUCCUUCUCAGGGACAACAGUCACAAAAUCAGCCAUCCCAGCAGCAGAUGAUGCCCCUUCAGUCGCAUCAUCAGCAGUUACAACAACCUAAUCUGUUACAACAGGAUGUGCAACAAAGGCUACAAUCUUCAGGCCAAGUGACAGGUUCCCUGCUUCCACCUCAAAAUGUAGUGGACCAACAGAGACAACUGUAUCAAUCCCAAAGAACCCUUCCGGAGAUGCCAUCAUCAUCGGUAGACUCAACGGCACAGACGGAAAAUGCAAAUGGUGUUGAUUGGCAAGAGGAGGUUUACCAAAAGAUCAAAAUUAUGAAAGAUGCGUACUUACCAGAUGUUACCGAAAUCUACCAGAGAGUUAUAGCCAAGUUGCAGCAAAUGGAUUCUCUUUCGCAGCAACAAAGAUCAGAGCAGUUUAAUAAAUUGAAACAAUUCAAGAUAAUGGUGGAGCGAAUGAUACAAUUCCUGUCGGUUUCAAAGAGAAAUAUCGUGCCUGCAUUAAGGGAUAGGGUGGCUUAUUAUGAGAAGCAGAUUGUAGAUUUCUUAAAUAUGCACAGGCCGAGGAAGCUAGUACAGCAAGGGAAGCUUCCGCAACCUCAGAUGCAGCCUGUGAAGCAACAGUCAUCUCAGAACGGUAAUCUUGCCAUAAACACAGUUGACUGGAGAACUCUACAUCCACCAGCUUCACGCCAAAAGAAUGCCAACACGCUAUUGGAAACACUGAAGAAACAUGUUCCAUAUUCUGGGGAAGAAGGAAUCGAAGAGCUCAAGAGAAUUGCUGUCAGCUUCGAGGAGUUGAUUUUCAACACCGCGAAAAAUCAGAUGGACUACUUUUGCAAAAUAUCCUUGAAGAUGCAGAGUAUGGAAGAGGGAAGCUAAAGCCAAAUAAGGGGGAAGGCAACUGCAUGUACAUAUUUGUAUAUAAAGAAGUGGUUUCUCGUUUUUCUAGUAUCUGUAGCAAUGCAAGAUUCUGUUUGUUAUGUGUAUUUUUGUCGGAUUUCUUAAAUGUCGGAACGGUUCAUUGGUGAGGAGAAAGCGGAGACUAUGUUCUCCCCUCCCGAUUAACCGGGACAAGCCGGUGAUCAUAGAAAUCGGAUUCAGGAUUAUGAUGAGCCGUCUGGCUGUGUCAUUUGUUAGAAUUGAGUCCGAGCUUGCGAAGUAACUCGACUGUGUGUUUCGGAGAAAGACUGUCUUAAGAGCAUCUCCAAUGUAUAUCGUUCCUCUAUUUUAGAGGAAAAUAUAGAGAAAUCCUACUUUUUACCUCUA